GACCGACCACACGAUUUUUCGUCUAGUAAUUUCGUUGUUUCGUUCGAUAAUACGUCCUUCGAAGAUCAAUCGAGGUUCGAGUUCCUCGCGAGAACAAGUAUCUUUCCUUUGUUCCGCGGAAGGUAAAGAUUCUUUGUCCGUCAAGAUGCUCACUUGCUCGCGUGAGAACCGACUCGUAGACGAUGGAGAGAACCACGUGUGCCAACUGAAGCUUCCCGAAAAUAGUCUAUACGAGGAUGAGACCCAGGUGCACGAUGAAGCCGUUAGAUACAGAGAUGGAUCUGUGCGACUUCGAAAUCCAAACAUCGAGCUCAUGGAUCAAGACAUACUGUAUCAUCUCGCUCUAGGUAGCGGUUCCCACGAUCUCGUGGAGAUGUUCGGUGACGUCAAGUUCGUGUGCAUGGGUGGAACACCAAAACGCAUGGAGCAAUUCGCUAAUUACAUAAUGAAGGAAAUAGGUCACAAGCUUCCAGCUGGAACGACGCUACUCGACAUUAGCCAGUAUUCGUACCGGUACUCCAUGUAUAAGGUUGGACCGGUGCUUUCCAUUAGUCAUGGAAUGGGCAUUCCAUCGGUUGGAAUUCUCCUCCACGAGAUCAUCAAAUUGAUGUACCACGCGAAGGUGAAGGAUCCAGUAUUCUUUAGGAUCGGGACUUGCGGUGGAAUCGGCCUUGAAGGCGGUACAGUCGUAAUUUCCGAGGAAGCAGUCGAUGGAAUGCUGAAACCAUACUUGGAACUGCCUGUGCUCGGUAAACUGUUAAGAAGACCUGCAAAGCUUGAUCGGCAGUUAGCUCGCGACUUGAAGGCUCUGGCGCACCGAGAUGAUCCUUACGACACUGUGAUCGGUAAAACCAUGUGCACUUAUGACUUCUACGAAGGACAAGGCCGGCUGGACGGCGCGUUUUGCGAGUUUUCAGAAAACGACCGAAUGGAGUAUUUGGAGAAACUGCACAAGUCUGGAGUAAUAAAUAUAGAGAUGGAAAGUCUCUCGUUUGCGGCUCUCACGCAUCAUGCUGGCAUCAAGUCAGCUGUUGUCUGCGUGACGCUGCUGGACCGAUUUAGGGGCGAUCAGGUGCUGGCACCAAAGGAAGUCCUGGAUGAGUGGCAAAUGAGACCACAACAGUUGAUCGCUCGUUACAUAACCAGAUACCUUCAACGAAAAGGCCGCCUCUCCCUCGAAGGCCAUGGAUCGAUGUGUGUCAAGAGUCCACGUCGGUUCAAGCUGGUGCAACAGGAAUCGGAGAACUACGAUUAAAUUUACGAUACUCCGAAUACAGAAUCGCAAGGAAGCCCCCUACGAGUCUUGAUAGCGAAAGAAUGUGCGCUGUGCGUCAGAAUACGACGAAAUCCUAUUUACGGAUUUGUAUCGAUGAUUAGCUCACGAAACGGACCUCAUUUUAUUUGUUUAUUUACAUUGUAGUCACGUGAAUUAUAUCGUGAUUAGUCCUGAUGGUUAUAUGUUUCAAAAAGACUUAGGUAUCCUUACUAUUGCAAAUAUUUAAUCGCGUUCUACUCGUUAGAAGUUAAGGCACACGUAUGCAUUUAUGGUACCACGGACAAGUGUUUUGAAAUCAGUUGCACAAGGUAAAGUAAGAAAGAAGUUUUAUUAUUUUUUUUUUCCUCGGAAAAUGAUUGUUAUUUCGCAUAUAUGUAAAGAGUAAUUCUUUUCAAAGAGGCUACAAACAUUUAAUUUAAUUUAUCAUAUAACUUAUAAGCGUGUUAAAGCAUAAUGCUUGCUUCAUAUAUGUACAGUAAUAUAUUUAAUUUGGAAUAUAAUAUUAAAGUCUUAAGUGUAAUUUCGGUAUAUCUCAGAAAAUGAUUUCCAAUUAUUUAUUCGUUUGCUUUUGUAUAAUUUUGUUUCUAUAAAUUCUCGAGACUAUGUACCUAUGUGUCAUUAUAGUAUUUAUAAUAUCGAAGUUCCUCUUAUGUUUUAUAAUUAUUGCGAAAAGAAGCUCAAAGGAUUACAAACUUCACCCGUUUUAUCAUUACAAUGUGGUGAUCCAAGUACAAACCGGGCAACAUAUUUAAAAAUGCGACUAUCAGAGUGAGAUACAUUUUAAACGACCAUACUUGGCCACAUAUCUAUUACCCGUGUAUUUCUGGAAUAUCUUAUUUUAAACAGUAAUUGCAGUUAUAUACGAAGCGUUCGUAUAUUCUUCGACCAAAAACGACCGUCAUUAUCUAAAAAAUGAGAAUGUCAUGAAAUUCUCAAUAACUUUGUAUGCGAAGCGUUUUACAAUGGAUCUAUAAAUAAUCGAUCGUAGACCCGAGUUGCUCGCAAAUUGUAUUAAUUUUGUGAAACCAAGUACCGUUGAACUUCGUUUCAGGAAUGUAUGAAACUUAAUCGAUAAUAUUAAAAUUCUAUGUAUUGGUAGAGCUAAGUAGCCGAGUAGCACAUUCCAAGUAGUUUAAGUAAUAGCGUAUGCUUUUGUUUAGCCUUCGUUUAUGGUGUGAUUGGGAUUCGUGUACAUGUAUAACACGUAUAUUGCAACAAUCGUACGAAAUGCAUCUCAUAUCUAAAACCGAGAUUGGAUUACGAAUUUGCAAAGAAAAUAAUGAUGCGGCUA